CUUACGCGCUCCACCCUAACUCGCCCGGAACCGCCCGAUUGCACCACGCUUCCUUAGAAACGAAGUCUCGAACUAACGAGACGCCGUGUGCGAGAUUUUUUUUUUUAUGGUUAUUGCAAAAUGAUUCUUCUUUUGUUUGGUACCGAAACGAAAUUUUUCGGACCAGUAGUUUCUUUGUUAUGAGCGAUUGAAGCGCGAUGGCUUUUCAGACGCUCCAGGGCUGGUUGAACGAGCUUCAAAACAACAGAGCGCAGCCUGAAACAUCAUCUAGUGAUGGAUCUGAGUCGGAACAAACAAAUGCUGAAUCAGAUAUAGAUGAAAACGUUAUUGCAGAAGUUGAUAGUGAUGAAUCGGACGUAGAUCUAGAUCCAGAGUCCGACCACGAGACUGAGAAUGAGCGUACUGAAUGGUCGGAAACCCUGAGAGAUGUGAGGUUGGAACCUUUUCAAGAACCUGUGGGCCCCCUCCACAAUCUUGAUGAAAACUCGAAGCCAAUUGACUUUUUUCAUUUAUUUGUGCCUCCAACAUUUCUGGACGAGAUUGUUGUACAAACAAAUUUAUAUGCAGAACAAUGCCAGAACAACAAAGGUAAACGUGACACGUACUGGAAGGCAGUGACAGUCAGCGACAUCCGUAAAUUCUUGUAUUUGAACAUCAUGUUUGGGAUACACCAUGUGCCAGAUUCUCGAUUAUACUGGUCAGUAGACCCAGUGUUGAGGGUUCCUGCUGUGGCUGAUGUAAUGAGCAGGCAGAGAUUUGAGAAAAUCAAUCAAUAUUUUCACCUGAAUGACAGUACAAAGAUGCCAAAUCGUGGUGAAGAAAAUUACGAUCCGCUAUUCAAGCUGCGACCUCUUCUUGACACCGUACGUACUGCAUGUGGCAGCUCCUACAAACCUGGCCGCAAUAUAAGCAUUGACGAGGCCAUGAUCGGCUUCAAUGGACGCUUACACUUCAAGCAGUAUAUUCGUAACAAACCGACAAAAUGGGGGAUAAAAGUUUGGUGUGUGGCGGAGGCGGAAACCGGUUACAUGCUGAAUUUCAGGUUCUACACUGGAAAAAUAAAUGAACCUAUGACAGAUGGAGUUGGACACCAUGUUGUAAUGAACUGUGCUGCUGACUAUUUGGGCAAAUACCACUGUAUAUAUUUUGACAACUACUUUUCCUCUGUAAGACUUGCGGAGGAUCUGCUGAAGAAGAAAACGUACUCUUGUGCAACUGUUCGUACAAAUCGAAAAGGUUGGCCCUUCCCCACGAAGAACAAACAAAAGAAAGGCACCCUCAACAUGAAGCAAAGGGGAACUAUGGUGGCCACGCAAUGGCAUGACAAAAGGCCAGUAAAUGUUCUGUCAACCUGCUGUAAUCCAACAACGACCGACGUCACCCGCAGAACCAAAGAGGGUGUUGUGCCACAAACCAUCCCGACACCGGUUCACGACUAUAACCAGAACAUGAGUGGUGUAGAUUUAGCGGAUCAAUACCGCUCAUACUACAAUAUUGGGCGGCCAGGGAAGAAAUGGUGGAGAUAUGGAGUGUGGUUCCUCAUUCAGACUGCUAUUAUCAAUGCCUUUCUGCUCAUGAGAAGAGCUAACCCCAACGCCCGUCGUCGUUCUCCUGGAGCUGACCACCUGCAUUUCCGCAUUGCGCUACUGCAGGAUUUACUUCGCGAAACACCGAGUUCAUCUACUACCAUCAAUACCAGAGAAUCUCCUUCUGUGUCUGCACGAGCCAAUCCAAACAAUGAACAGCACAAGUUAGUGAAGAUUCCAGGGAGAAAGAAGACUUGUUAUGUGUGUUCCAAAGCAAAAAGGAAAACCAAUAAAGGUCGUGGUGUAGAGACUGUUUAUGGAUGUACGUAUUGUGGAAUUCACCUGUGCAAAGGACGUUGCUUUACAACUUACCACAGAUCUCUAGAGUUGGAUGAACCUUUAUAAAUGGAUUAUACACAAAAGACAAGACAAACAGUGAGUAGUAAAAUCCCCAAGCUGUGUGAACAAUGAGUGAAAAACUCAACAAAAAUUGACAUUUUCAUGUUUCAUGAUUUUUUAAAUUACAGAUCACUCAUUCAAAUACAUAUAAAGUUGUAUUUUUCUGAAACUACAUCCAUUUCUCUUUCUUAUUCUUAUUUUUCCAGAAUUUUUUGAAUUUGUUUAAUAUUUUUAAAAUGCUUUUGAAAAAGACAUAUAGUCACACAUACAGGUGUAGCCUCCCCUUGCUUAGGAUCUAGGAGUAGACUUCCUGCUCAGACCCUUAGGGUGUAAU